CGCAAGUUGAAAGGUCGAAGACGUCAAACUCAUGCUGCCAGAACAACAACAAACCACUGAAUAAGCCAUUGAAUAAGCCAAACGUUAACUUUGCGUUUACUUUUAGUAUUUUUUGUGUGGGUACUGUAGCUUAUUGUCGGAAGACAUGUCUGGAAAGACCAAGAAAAUCCUAGAGAUGGACCUGUAUGGUUUACUCGGCAUUGAAAUCACCGCUACAUCGAAAGAGAUCAAGAAAGCUUAUCGACAGAAAGCCCUGACAUGCCAUCCAGACAAGAACCCAGACAACCCAAAAGCAGCGGAGCUCUUCCACCAGUUGUCCCAGGCCCUUGAGGUGCUAACUGAUGCUGCUGCCAAGGCUGCCUACGAUAAGAUUUGUGCUGCCAAGAAACAAGCAGAAGAAAGAAACAGGAAACUAGAUGACAAGAGGAAGAAAAUUAAGCUUGACUUGGAGGCCAGAGAGCGACUCGCAGAAGCUCAGAGCCAGGAGGAAGUGCAGAUCACAAGGACACUUGAGGAAGAGAUUGCCCGUUUGAGAGAGGAGGGAUCCAGGCAGCUUGAGGAGGAACAGAGGCUCAUCAAAGAGCAGAUCCAGAGGGAAAGAGAAGCACAAGAGCAACAAGCAGGAGGCUACGCUCACACAUACUCAGGAGGAGACAGAUGUUCCAAGAGCAAUGUGACCCCAAAACUGAAGCUAAAGUGGAAAUGUAAAAAAGAUGAUGACAUGAAUGGAGGCUACUCUCAGGAUGUUCUUCUCAGACUUCUACAAAAGUAUGGGGAUGUUUUGAAUGUGAUUGUAUCGAGUAAGAAGAAAGGAAGCGCUGUGGUUGAAUUUGCAACUGUGCGAGCAGCUGAGCUGGCAGUCAAGAAUGAAAGUGGCCUGAGUGACAACCCCUUGAAGAUUUCGUGGAUUGAAGGACAGCCCGAGGUUAUUGCUCCCGCAACUCAACCAGACCUGUUCAUGUCUGCGCAGAGUGCCCUGACGAAUGAGCGCGACUACGAGAGCGUGGUGAUGAUGAAGAUGAGGCAGGCUGCGGAGCGACAGAAACUCAUAGAACAAAUGCAGAGAGAAGAUGAAGAGGAUGCUGCCCACUCAUAGCACAGCAGGAGCCAGCUCGGUACCAGCCUGCAACUAUUAAAUCAAUACCUGUUUCAGGCUUUAGUUUCAUAAAGCCUCUCAAGUGUUUUCUUAUUUUUUUGUAUGCAUGAAACUAUAAGGCAAAAUAAAUCUUUUUAAUGACUACAGUU